CAAGGCUGUGCCGGGCACCCUGCGCUGGGAGCCGCUCCCAGCCCCGCACCAACUCCGGUUGCAUCCGUUCCCCACGCGGUCCCCAUCAGCAUCCCCGGCCUCUUGCUGAGUGCCAUGGGGUCAGGGCUGUUCCCACGGCACGCCGUCUUUUUCCCUAAAAUUUAGAAGUGGCAAGGACUGGGAAAACAACCGGUGGGAGCUCCAGCCAGGCUGGCUGCUCGCUUUGCAGCAGGCGGCUUUGGAGCUCUGUGUGUUGCUGGCUCGUGCCCCAGAGCCUGCCGCCUUCCCGAAAUAGCUCCGUGGUACUCGUGUAGCCACCUUGGCACGCCGGGAAACAGUCCGGGAGGUUCGCAAAGGGGUUCGGGGCCCGCUGGAGGGGCUCCGGGGGUCCAUCUCGCUGUGGGAUGGGGGGCCCUUUGCCGUAAGCUCGGCUUGCCGCGUUCGCUGCCGUCUCUGCUAAGCCGAGGUUUGUGCCGUUCCUGGGAUGUCGUGUACCAGUAGCUAUGGAAACAGAGGUUAGACCCGCUAGAGAAAAAUGCUAUUCUGAGAGGCGGUGAGCUCAGGGUAGUCGGGAAAGCUUCAUUUUCAGCAUAAACCCAUCUUUAAAAGAAGCCGGGCAAAUCAAAGGGCAAAGAAGCUGCUGCAACGGGGCUCUCGCAACAAGUGCUGUCAACGGGAGCCACGGCGGGAGCAGAAAGCGGAAGGAAGGGCUGUAACGAAGCCCAGACAGCUCCUCAUGUCUCCUCAAUUACUCACCGGGCUAACUGAGUUCACCCCUUGUGUAACAUGCCUCACUUGAGAUCUAAUCAGCUAUUUUUUGUGCCGGCACAGUCGCAAUACCAGGCUCUCUCUUCCAACGUACCUCCCGCCGGGGCGGCGGGCAGGAGCGGCUCCGUGCCCAGCAAACUGCGAAGCCCACAGGGACUGGCUCGACCUCUCCGCCACGUGCCCGGGAGCCAGAGGAGCGGGAAGAAGUGCCGGGGGCCAUGGCGAACCCCUCGCCCUCCCGCAACCCCACCGAGGUGCAGAUGAGCCAGCUGGUGCUGCCCUGCCACACCAACCACCGCGGGGAGCUCAGCACCGGCCAGCUGCUCAAGUGGAUCGACACGGCCGCCUGCCUCUCCGCCGAGAGACACGCCGGCUGCCCGUGCGUCACGGCUUCCAUGGAUGAUAUGUAUUUUGAGCAUACCAUUAGCCAGCCGUAUAUAAACCCUCCUGGGCAGCGGGACGGGAAGAGCGGUGUCUGUGUCGGGCAAGUUGUCAACAUCAAAGCCAAAGUGAACCGAGCCUUCAACUCCAGCAUGGAGGUGGGCAUCCAGGUGAGCUACGAGGACCUGUGCAGCGGGAAGCACUGCAGCAUCUGCAAGGCGUAUGCCACCUUCGUGGCGCAGGGACCCCCCGGCAGCAAGGUGAAGCUGAAGCCGCUGACCCCGCAGACGGAGGAGGAGAAGAUAGAGCACAGCAUCGCUGCUGAGCGCCGCCGCAUGCGGCUGGUCCAUAAGGACACCCUCAAGGACCUUCUCACCCGCAGCCCCCGCGAAACCGAGCUGGAGACACGGGACGGCAGCGUGGCGGUGCCGGCGGAGAAGACACGGGUGGAGAGCGUGGAGCUGGUGCUGCCCCCACACGCCAACCAUCAGGGCAACACCUUCGGGGGGCAGAUCAUGGCCUGGAUGGAGAACGUGGCCACCAUUGCAGCCAGCCGGCUGUGCCAUGCCCACCCCACGCUGCGGGCCAUCGAGAUGUUCCACUUUCGGGGACCAUCGCAAGUCGGGGACCGCCUGGUGCUCAAAGCCAUUGUCAACAACGCCUUCAAAAACAGCAUGGAGGUGGGGGUCUGCGCCGAAGCCUAUGGCCAGGAGAUGUCCGUCAGCCGAAGGCACAUCAACAGCGCCUUCAUGACCUUCGUGGUGCUGGAUGAGGACGGCCAGCCCCGCAGCCUGCCGAUGGUGGCACCCGAGCCGGGGGAAGGAGAGAGGAGGUACAGAGAAGCCAGCGCUAGGAAAAAAAUUCGGCUGGACCGAAAAUACGUCGUCUCCUGCAAACAGACCGAGGUGCCGCUCUCUGUGCCCUGGGACCAAAGCAACAAGGUUUAUCUGAGCUACAACAACGUCUCUGCGCUGAAGACGCUCGUAGCCAAAACGAACUGGACACUCGCCAGAGAAAAGGAAAAGGUGCGGAUGUACACGCUGGAGGAGGACAAAUUCCUCUCCUUCCGCAUCGAGAUGUCGGUCCGCAUUGCCGCCAGCCAAGCCUUCUCCCUGCUCUCCGACCUGCGGCGCCGGCACGAGUGGGACAGGCACUACGUGAGCGCCGAGCUCGUCCAGCAAGUAGAUGACGAUGACAUGAUCUACCACGUGGUGAGCCAGACGCUCAGCCACGAGAACAAGCCGCAGGACUUCGUCAUCCUGGCGUCCCGACGGAAACCCUGCAGCAAGGGGGACCCCUACGUGGUGGCCUUUCGGUCGGUGACGCUGCCCACCCAUCCUGCCAGUGCUGGCUUCACACGGGGGGAGACGCUCUGCUCCGGCUUCUGCAUUUGGCCGGAGUCGGAGGAGACGAGCAAGGUGGCUUACUACAACCAGGCUACACCGGGGUACCUCAACUAUGUCACCACCAACGUGGCGGGACUGUCCUCCAACUUCUGCGCCACCUUCGAAGCCUGCGAGAAGUUCCUGCUGAAGAACAAGGAGGACCUGAUCGUGCGGCUGCAGGACCUCUAGAGCCGUGGCACUCCUGCUGACAGACGGACAGACGGACAAGGGGGCACCUUGGUGAUGGAAGGGGACGUGGGAUGGUGGCACCCAGACCCUGCCACCUCCCCGGGGGCUUUGGCCCGAGCGAGGUCCCAGGGGCUGGGGUGGAGGGGCAUGACAGUACUGCCUCGCCCCUUGCACUGACGUGUCAUGUCUUUUCUUCUUCUUCUUCCUUUUUUUUUAUUUAGAAAUUUUAUAAGCUGAUGUACAGGACUUGGUUUUCUAGUUCACUUAACGGUACUUGAAUCUUUAUAUGAUCCAAAGUCUUCCUAGAA